AUGGGCGCGGAAAAUGGGGAGAACUCAAGCAACUCGCAGACUGAAAUUCUGAUCAACCAGCUGAGAGAGGUCACUGGCAUCCAGGAUCCACACAUUCUGUACAGAGCUCUGAAAGCCAGUCAGGGGGACAUUGGACAUGCGGUGGGACUGUUGACCGCUCAGACUGGAGAGGCACAGGAGCCGGGAGAAGGACAGCAAGGAGCCACUGGCCUCGGCAAAGAUGAACUCCAGGCAGCCAUUGAGCUCAGUCUCCAGGAGUCUCAGAAAGCCCAGGAAGAAGAGAAAGAAUUUCACAGAGCUCUCGAGGCCAGUGCAGAGGAGAACGCUGCACGGAUGAAGAGGAGGAGGUGUGAGGGCCAGAGCGAUAUGAGCAGCCCCGCAGACUGGAUCAGGCAGGACGACUGGCCCGUGGGCAUCCGCAAUGUGGGAAACACCUGCUGGUUCAGCGCGGUAAUACAGUCGCUCUUCCAUCUUCCAGUGUUCAAAAGGCUGGUUCUCAACUAUCAUCUGUCAGAGCGUUUGUUGGAGAAGUGCAAGACAAAUUCUGACAAGAGGAACAUAGCCUUCAUGCAGGAGCUGCGCUGUCUCUUUGCUCUGAUGGUCGGCUCCAGCAGAAGGUUUGUGGACCCCUCAGCUGCCGUGGAGCUGCUCCGAGACGCCUUCAGGACCAGCGAGGCUCAGCAGGAUGUGAGUGAGUUUACCCACAAGCUCCUGGACUGGCUCGAGGACGCCUUUCAGCUGGCUGCCAAUGGAAAUGACGAAAAGGACAAACUGAAAAACCCGAUGGUCCAGCUUUUCUACGGGACUUUUUUGACCGAGAGACUACACGAAGGAAAAACACUGUGCAACAUAGAGCAGUUUGGCCAGUAUCCUCUACAAGUGAACGGCUUCAACAACCUGGACGAAUGUUUAGAGGGGGCCAUGGUGGAGCGAGAGAUCGAGUCACUGCAUUCAGACCACUGCGUCACAUCGGGGCGAGAGAGAUGGUUCAAAAAGUUGCCCCCGGUGUUGACGUUUGAGCUCUCCAGGUUUGAGUUUAACACACAGCUGGGUCGACCAGAGAAGAUUCACAAGAAACUAGAAUUCCCACAAAUUAUUCACAUGGACAGAUAUCUUCACCAAAAUAUACAGCUCACACAUGAACGGAGAAGUACGGUCAAGAAGCUCAAGGAACAACUGGCAGUGCUCCAACAGAAAUUUGAGUGCUACAAAAACUACGGCUCAGGCCCCACCAAAUACCCCCUGACGGACAUGCUUCAGUUUGUUUUGGAGUUCGCCACCACCAAACCCUCCAACGUGUCCCCCGCCGAGGACCUGACAGCAGCUGCCUCCUCCCCAACCCCCGCCACUGCCCCCACCGCCCCGCCCCCUCACCCCCUCAGCAGCGACAGCCCCAGAGACAGUGAAACAGAGGAAGGGUCAGAUUGCCUGGGCGCUGGUGUGUCCACGUGCCAAAGAACGCCCAUCUACAAGCCGUUCACCCAGUGCAGACCCCCGGUAGAGUGCCCCCCUCACCCCGCACCUCACAGCAUCACAGAGGAGGAACUGUUCCACGUCAAGAACUGUCUGCAACGCUGGAGGACUGAGGCUGAGAACGAUAUCAAUGAACUUAAAGCCAGUAUCGACAGAGUGUCCCAGGAACUCGAGAGCAUGUACUCUGAUAACAGUCUGUGCCAGGUGCCGUACAGACUCCACGCCGUCCUGGUCCAUGAGGGUCAGGCUUCUGCUGGGCACUACUGGGCGUACAUCUACGACCACGCCCACCAGCGCUGGAUCAAGUACAAUGACAUCACUGUGAGCGAGUCGUCCUGGGAGGAGCUGGAGAGGGACUCCUUCGGAGGCAUGACCAAUGCCAGCGCAUACUGCCUCAUGUACAUCGAUGACAGGAUGCCCCAGCUCAUAACGGAAGACACAGAUGAUGAGACGGGCCAGCCGCUCGUGGGCAUGGACUCCCUUCCUCCAGUGCUGCGGCGCUACGUUCAUGAGGACAACCGCUGGUUCCAACAGGAGCUGAGCGAGUGGGAGGAGCAGUUCUGUCAAGCCUCCGCUGCUGCUCCGCAGGGAGAGAGCACGGGGAGCACGGAGACAACAGAGCACAGAGCUGAAGAACUGCACCAGAAGAACCAGGAACCAGAGGCUACUCAGUCUAUACAGCCCACAGAGUCUAAUGAGUCUUCAGAGUCUACUGAGGGUACAGAGGAGCAGGAGGCUCACACUCAAGCCCAGGAGGAGGAGCAGGAGCAGGAGCAGACACAGCAAGAAGAAGAGGUGGCACCAGACCCCCCUGAGGCUCCUGAGAGCUCGAGUGAUGACAAACCUCCAGAACCCUCAGACUCUUUGGAACAGGGCCAGAGUUCCGACUCAGCCCAGAAGGAGGCUCCCGGUUCGGUUCCCGACCCGCCAGCAAAUACAAAGGAGACAUCAGAGGUGCAGGUGCAGGUGGAGGAGGAGAGCACAGAGGGGACUGUCUCUGGUCCCACCGCCACAGACGAACAGGAGGAUUCAAACAGCACUCCAGAAAACGAGUCGCAGCAAACGCACCAUCAGGACGCACCAGCAGAGCGCCAACAGCCAGAGAACGAGGUGUCCGAGGUGGAGAUCCCCAACGUGGGUCGCAUCAUGGUCCGAGCAGACGCAGACGGAUACAAUGAAGAGAUGAUGUUAACCCCAGCCAUGCAGGGAAUCAUUUUGGCCAUCGCCAAAGCCCGAAAGACCUUUGACCAGGACGGUCCUGAGGCAGGUCUCAUCAAGGCCUUCCACGAGGAGUACAACCGUCUGUACGAGCUGUCCCAGGAGGAGGCGACCCCGGCGGAGGACGCGCGGCUGCAGCACUGCCUGGUUUAUUUCUUCCAAAACAAAGCUCCAAAACGCGUCAUCGAGAGGACGCUGCUCGAGCAGUUUACAGACCGCAACCUCAGCUUCGACGAGAGGGCCAUCAGCAUCAUGAGGGAGGCCAGAUCCAAGCUGCGUCUGAUCAAACCUGAAGACAUGGACAUGGACGAGUACCUGCAGUGGCACGAGGACUACAAGAUGUUCAAGACGGUGUUUGUGUAUUUGCUCACGGGCCUGGAGCACUACCAGAACGGAAAAAUGAGAGAAGCUUUGACUUACCUGGCUCAUGCUUACGACACCAACAGCACUUUGCUCAAGAACGGACCCAAGCGUGGAGUGGACGAUUCCCUUAUUUCAGUCUACAGAAGAAAAUGUCUCACAACGCUGAACGAGAGCGCCUCCAGGUGGUUUUGCAGUGGCGAGGAGGACAAAGUGACAGAAGCGUUGGCUCUUAUGGACGAGUGUGUGAUCCCCUGUCUGCACUUGAUGAGCCGGGACCCCGCCCUGAGCCUGGAGGACAGAGAGACGCUGGAGAGCAUACGCAGCCACUGGUGCUGCUGCCUCAGCCAAGACAUGGACGAGUCUCUGCAGGUGAAGCUGGGGGAGUUCCUGCCCAGAGUCCUGGACUGUUCAGCGGAGACAGUGGUGCUCAAAGACCCCCCAAAGAUCCAGGUGCACGCCGCCCACGACCUGUGCAACCGGCUGGCCGCGCUCAUGGAGUCCAUCCACAGCACCUCUGUUGUCCGAGUCAAGUGAAAGUGUUUGGCUGACGUCGUGGUGGUUUUUUCAGAUUCUAAAAGGCGCUGAUGCCGUCUCAGAUUCUGUCAGACGACGGCAGGAGCCUAUUGCCCUGUUGAUUAUAUUGAUUACAUUGUACUUUGCCAUGAAGUAUCUAAAACGUAAAUUCACAAAUAUUGAGCCUGAUUAUUUAUAUUAUUGACUAAACCCUAUAACUCAUUGUAUUACAACAAAGAUCUACAUUUUAACAAUAUUAAUUUUGUUCUAUGGUGGAAUUUUCAGCAGUACACAGUCACAAACACAACCUAAAUGAAAAAAAUAUGACAUUAAUUCAUUAACACGAAAGAGAUAAGAGUGACUAAUGUGAUUUGGGAGGGACACAAAUCUGCUCACCUGUUGUAGUUCCAGAGAAGUCAGUUUUUUAUAGUCAGAUUGUGUUAAAACAUGUGAAAUUAAAGUCUAACUUGAGUAACAGAGCUUUAGACAUAGCAGUGCCUCUAGUUAGCUUCACUCCACACCCCCCACAUCAGCUGCAAAGAAUCAAUAUCUAACCAAUAUAUCUAAAACCUCAGACAAUUUGAGGAGUGAAUAAAGUCUGAGCUGCUCAAUGCUACUGAAAUUGUGUAAAAAAGUAAAGAAUACUCUUGAGUUUUGAUUUUUUUAUGUAUACUUUUACUCCAGCACAAACUAUGGCAGCAGUACUAAAUGUUCAAUAUUUUUUCCACCACUGCUAAUCAAAUUUUUAUCUAAACCCACUACUGGCUGUGUGCAAUGUUGAAGUCCGACUAAUGGACCGUUCCAGAGUGCAAUACUGCUCUAAACGUGCCUUCAAUCUGCAGUAACUUCGAUGUUGGCGACUACUUAGCUUCUAUAUUUGAUGUUUUAUUUCCUUUUUAAAUAUACCAUUUAUUUUGCACAACAGACUUACCAUGAAGAUUUUAUUUUUGCACUGAAGGGUUUUGUUCUGUUUUUACAUAAAGUACACGUCAAAAGUUCAUGGUGCCAUAUCCCAUCAUAGGAAACAUCGCGUAUUGGUUACUAGGGCUGCACAAUUUGGGAAAAUUUUUUAUUUCCGUUACAUUUCGCGAAGAACAAAAGAAUGUAAGGAUCACAUUUCAGAACAUUUUCAACAAAUCUAAACUACAGGGUUAGGUUUUGUCAUCUGUGAAAGAAAUUGCGGUACUUGAAGAGAGGUUAUUAUGCAAAAUUGACUUUUUGGAGAUUUGUUGCAAUGUUCCCUCAUCAACAACGUGCCUGUAGAGGUUUUUAGAUGCCAUUAAUACAUGUUUGAUAGGGAUGUAACAAUAACCGAAAUAUUGUGAUAUCGUAUCGUCAGAAUUCUCACAGUAAUAUCGUGGACCAUCACAAUAUAUCGAAUUACAAGUGUCUUUGCUUAAAUUAAGAGUUAUGGUGAAGCAAUAGCUAAAACAGACACAGGGAACUACAUAGACCAUGAUCCUUUGCUCCAUUUCAGUGCAGACUACAGGAAGAAAUAACAGUUCUAAGCACUUUUAAGUCUUAGUUCUUUGGAUUAUGUCUUUUCAAGGCAUUUUAAGAGGAAAAAGGAGCAUAUUUUAACAGUUUUGUUCGCAGCCUCCAUAAAAUAUCGUACCGUGAGAUGUAUAUCGUGAAAAUAUCGUACCGAGAGAUUUGGAUAUUGUUACAUCCGUAAUCGUGAGCCUUCCCACCAUACCGUGAGCAUUACCACGAUAUCUCAGUAAAUAUCAUAAAGUGAGGUUCCUUGAUGGUAUUGUAUCGUGAGACUUGGAUAUCGUUACACCCCUAAUGUUUGAGUAAUCUAGUGAUCUCUCCCAGGCUCAAUAGGCUCUAUUCACGCUUAUGUCACAAACAAGGAAGACAUUUGGAAACAUGCGACGACAGCUUCCGGCGGGUUCUGUUCGCGGUCAUAAGUCUGACAAAAUGUAGGAAAAAUUAGAAAAUGACCCACUUUUAUUCAUCUACAUGUCAUUGUAGCGUUCAGUUAUGUUUGGCUAAUCAACAAUUACAACCACACCUUAGUUUUUAUCGUUUUAAUAAUGAAUAAAUAAAUUCAUCUAAAUUUGCCAGCAAAUAAUACUUACCCUGGCAGCCAAAUAAGUAUUUUUCUACAAAGAACUUGUAACCUUUCACUAGUUUUGAGCUGCCUGUAAAAGAUAUCGAAGCUAUGAUUAGAGUCAUGUCCCCCAAGGAAAGCUUUGGCAGGUUAUGAAGAUCAGACCGCUGCUGCUGAAUCCAUGUUUUCAUCACACUUCAGUGGGUUUUAUCACAAUCGGUCGGCGAGCCCAGUGUCGGGAACGUGGAAAGUUGUCAUCACAUGUUUCCAAACGUCUUCCUGUGACUUAAAAGUGAAUAGAGCCUAUUCAAACCCUGCUCAUGGUUAGCAGAAUGAUUCUGUCCAAUCCUCAAGCCACAAACCUACAUCAUCCGCUCUCCCACACCACAACUUGACAUAAAUAAAAGCAGAACACAAAACAACACACUAGAAUUUGACAAACUUGCAGUAGUUUCAUUAGCGCUGAUUUUGUUGUGAAAGAGCUCUGAAGGGGGGAGUGGCUUAGCGUGGAGAGCAAAAGGAGGGGUGACUCAGAGCAUCAAAAACAAAAGUGAAACCUCUAAAACAAUCCGUUGUUUUUGGCAAAUAUAGCAUUUUUAGAACAAUAAAAGAUAACGUGGUGAUCUACUGUAGAUCUCUUUAAAAAUCGCAGCCUUUUGUGAUUCGCUGAUUGUGUUUUAGUCGAUCACGAUUGCAGCCCUAGUCAACGCAGACAAUUUCUUUACAACUGAAUGUGUUCUCAGUCACGGUCAAAGGUCUAAAAUAAACACUAAAAAUGAGCAGAAAAAUGCCUGAUACCUGAACGAUGUGGAGCUUGUUAGUUCUGCAGAAUGUUACUUGACGAGUAGAAGAGUUCGUGAACAGUGUUACUUUAAGUUAUGUACUAUACACUGUCUAAUAACAAUCUGAAUAUGUUUUAUAUGACUUUUUAAUAUGCUUUCUGUCUGUGGGACUACCGUGAUAUAUUUACUCCGUGUAUUUGUUGUUGAAAUGUGUACGACUUACAUCAGUAUUAUGAUUAUGAAAUGAUGUACAUAAGUGCCACUCUGCUUUGUAGUUAAGUGCCUCUGUCCCAAUAAAAGUCCUCCUCUUC